AUGGGGUGCUUGACAAGCAAGAGCACCAAAGUGGUGGGGGAGUCCCAGAAACCCGGAGAACAGCCCAGGGGAGAAGAGCCAAAUCUGGAGGCUGGUGCUGAGGCGGCAGAUGGCCAAGACACCUCAUUGAAGGAUGGGAGCCCUGCACCCAAGAGCUGA